CACCGAUYAUGUGACAAAAACCAACGAAGAAGAACCAUCAACAGGAAGUGGGAGAAAUCAGCUGCUGCUAAGAUGUGUUGUCCUUCACAGGCCACCGGCAUGGCAGGCAGACGGGCCCUGAAGGCUGUGCUCAUUGACCUCAGUGGGACUCUACAUAUAGAAGAUACAGCAGUGCCYGGGGCACAGGAUGCCCUCAACAGGUUACGACAGGCCUCUGUAGCUGUGAAGUUUGUGACCAACACGACCAAAGAGAGUAAGAGGAACCUUCUGGAACGACUGCAGCGUCUCAACUUUGAUCUUCAGGAAAAAGAGAUCUUCACCUCUCUGAGUGCAGCCAGAAGUUUGAUAGAGCAGAAACAACACCGACCACUGCUGCUGCUGGAGGACAGUGCACUGGAAGACUUCACCGGUAUUGACACGUCAGAACCGAACGCUGUUGUUAUUGGGCUCGCACCGGAUCACUUUAAUUAUCAAACGCUCAACAAGGCUUUCAGAAUGAUUCUGGAUGGAGCUCCUCUUAUUGCCAUUCAUAAGGCUCGCUAUUAUAAACGUAAGGAUGGUUUGGCCCUUGGCCCCGGGCCCUUCGUAACAGGACUAGAGUACGCCUCAGACUGUAAAGCGACUGUAGUGGGGAAGCCUGAAAAGACGUUUUUUACUCAGGCAUUGGCUGAUUUAGGCUGUAGCCCCAGUGAGGCUGUCAUGAUAGGAGAUGAUGCCAGAGAUGAUGUAGGUGGAGCUCAGAAAGCAGGGAUGCUGGGUAUUUUGGUCCGAACAGGUAAAUACAGAGAGGGAGAUGAAAAUAAAAUCGAGCCACCUCCUCACCUGACGUGCAGCAGUUUCCCAGAUGCCGUCGAACACAUCCUGCAGAAUCUUCUUUAAAACUGCAGUUAGCAAAACACURCACCCCUGUUUUAUUCAGAAACUCAGGAGUGGGCACAUUUUGACAAUAUAAUUUUUAUUAGUUCACUAGAAGUGGAAG